AUGGCUUCUGCGUCAGAGACUCCCGCCCACACGCCCGAGGAGGCUAUUGAGAACGAGCAAAUAGCCACCGAAAAAACAUCCAGUCCUUACCCGUCUCAUCCGAUUGCCCAGCUCCAGGGCCCGUUUGAGGAAUCAAUUGUGGAAACGACCGAUGGUUCAGGAACUAAAUGGGUCGUUGACAUUGACGCGCAAACCCGACGGCGCGAUCUAUUAGAGAAUGAUGAAUACGAGCGGCUUUGUGGGCGAAAAUGGCGCCAAAGGGCCUCUGAAAAAUAUCAUCCGUUUUGGAAGUUGGUCUCCCAAAUGGUCUUCGGAGUUCACCUCCUAGCCAAGAGCCUGGCGAAAUCCGAAGGCUCAGUCAUGAAGAUUCUACAGAAACACGUGAAUGAGUUGGAUGGCUACUUGGAAAGGACCACCGAAGACUUUUUGAUCGUCCGACUAGACGUUCGCACUCGAAUUCAGUAUCUCAGUCUACCGCUGGGAAACCUCGAUGUCUUCGAUGAGAUGUUACAAGACCGAAAUUUCCGGCUAUCAGUUGUCGCCUAUAAUGAUCAGAUCGAACAUUCCAUUGACCGGUUCACCCUUGCCAUCACAGACUCGCUCAAAGACCUACAAAAGGCAAAGGAGGCUAUGGGCGCAUUGUGGUUCUACUUCCGGAAGCUUACAGAUGAGGGUUGCUUCGAGUCUGAGAGCCUCAAGGCUUUUCAUCAAGCCAUGAUGGACAAUAUGGAGGGCUGGAUUGUCGCUAUCUCCAAACUUCGUCGACGGGGCAGUGCUCUUCAAAAGGCCCUGGCCCAACUUGGCUUGGCGACUACAGAAAUGCAAAGACGAGUUGGAGUGGCGAGUAGAAAGGAUGUGCGAUCGUUUAUCAAACAAACCAGCAAGACUGCAAGUCGAAACAAGUCAAUUAAACAAAGACUGUUUGAUAAAGAACGGCCCACAUCAGAAAAACCUCUUCCCCGUGAUCCAUUAUCGAAGCCAAAGAGGACACCGACGGCUUCCAAGCAGUUUGAUAGUCCUGCCACUAAAGAUAAACUUGACCCUGCAGAUCAACCCGUCCCGAGCGAUGGCAUUCGCCGUAAAAUUAUGAGUCGGGCCAAAUCAUGCAGUGCUCUAAUAGCAGAAGCCGGCGCAGGCGCCAGCAACGAACCACCUCCCAUUCCAUCCACACCCGGAAAGCUCAGACACAGGCUCUCCAAGCCCUUCCUCCCCAAACGAUCUGCCAGCGAGAAACCCGACUUGGCCCAAGUUCGACCGAAAACAGCUCCUUCACAGCCCUCACGCCUCACACGCAACAUCUCCAUAGAACAACUCCGGGCGUUCUGCGCCACCCCGCGCCCUCGAACCGGCCAAUCCACGGUCGAAUCGCCUACGAAAGCGCGACAGGAGGCCCACAACCAACUCACAAAUGGCCGAGAGACCAUGAAGGAACAGAUAUCCCAGUUCUUCAAGACGGACCGCGUGGUCGAAGCCUGGGAUAGCGUAUCCAAGAACGCGUGCUGUACGCGCCCGAUCGCCAAGACGAAAGAUUGGCCCAGCAGCGUCUUCCGAACCAAGUCUUCUACUACCCUCGGAAAUAAGGGCAACAACACAAGCCUCUCCGGGCCGGACCUGGACAGGCAGAUGUCCUGGGUACAGGAGACAUUCGAUGUAUUACCUACUUACUCGUUCAAACCGAAGUGUGACAUGUCGCCCCGGAUUCAUGUUCUAUCGGUGCAAAUGACCCUCGAUGAGGACGCUAAUGGGGUGGCUGAGAGAGAGGCGAGUUUGGACCGGAGAAGUGAAGUCGGGUCGAGUAUCACCGCAUUGCCGGCUGUGCCGACACCCAUUCCACCGGUUAGUCAAUAG